AUGGCUCAACCACAAUCAACUUCAUCGGAUAACCCUUCUUCAGCAACCAACAAGGCGUCUGUCUCUAGCCAUCUCACACAAGUUGCUCCCGAGCACUCCGCUAAUGCCAGCAACAAAGACGACCCACACCAUGUAAAGUCACCACUACCCAAUCGUCCAGCUUCAAGAGCAGGUUCGCUUAAAGGUCGCAAGGGUGGGUUCCUGUCGCUCUUGUUCUGUUGUACAUUUGGUGCUGGUUCCUUGCUAGACAACAGCGACAAAUCAUCGAUAUGGCAUCGCAACAAAAAACGCUAUAGUCGAGGCAGUACAACCAUGACUUGCAGUACUUCCGAGAAGGAUAACUUUCCUACAAAGAUCGUCACCGAAAUCGAAGAGGAUGCGUCGCGGUCUAUUGCUUCUCCUCAAACGCCCAAGGAUGAAGUUGUAUGGCUGCUGCCGCCCUUGGCUGAAGAACACACAGGGCGCAAGUGCUUGGUAUUAGAUUUGGAUGAGACUUUGGUACACAGUUCUUUCAAGGUUAUCCCAAAUCCAGAUUUCAUUGUACCAGUGGAAAUUGAUAACCAGUACCACAACGUCUAUGUGCUCAAGCGACCUGGCGUGGACGAGUUUAUGCGUAAAAUGGGAGAAAUGUAUGAGAUUGUGGUGUUCACUGCAAGCUUAUCCAAGUAUGCGGAUCCUGUUCUCGAUAAGCUCGAUAUACACAAAGUGGUCAAACAUCGACUCUUCCGUGAAUCUUGCUUUAACCACAUGGGAACCUAUGUCAAGGACCUUUCCCAACUUGGACGAGAGCUUUCACAAACAAUGAUUCUUGAUAAUUCGCCAGCAAGUUACAUCUUCCAUACAGCAAAUGCUGUUCCUGUUUCAACCUGGUUCAAUGAUCCACAUGAUACCGAGCUGACCGACCUAGUGAUGUUCCUAGAAGAUUUGACAACCGUGGAUGAUGUUACAAUGAUCUUGGACAACACACUUGGAAGCGUCGAUGAAAACGAGUUGACCAUCUCAAGGUGA